AACACGGAAGUCCCAUGAUUGUAGCUCAGCAGUCGCUGUGAUCUCCUCAUAAAUAGUAUUUUAGUCAAAAAGCAGCGGUCCUGGUGUCAUAUCUGACUGACUCCGACACCGACAGCUUUACUGGACGGUGUAAUGGCCGCAGGGUCGUUAGUGCAUCUGUAGCGGAGCUGCUUCACAUAGAAAAGCUGUAACAAGAUAAAGAUGCCCGCUCGUAGCGUCGUGUCCAACGGGACUCCCAGCAACAAAGUCAGGUACUCCAGGUUAGCCUCCGAUGAUGACGGCUACAUUGACUUACAGUUCAAAAGGAGCCCACCCAAAGUCCCGUACAAAGCCAUCGCUCUCGCCACAGUCCUCUUCUUAAUUGGCUCUCUGUUAAUCAUCAUUGGUGCCCUUCUCCUGGCUGGAUACUUUGGAGUCACUCACACAGACCGGACUGUGCCUGUCCUCAUCAUUGGGAUCCUGGUUUUCCUGCCUGGGAUUUACCACCUCCGGAUAGCUUACUAUGCGUCAAAGGGCUACCCAGGCUACUCCUAUGAUGAUAUCCCAGACUUUGAUGACUGACGUAUACACUGUAGCUUCAGAGAGUCUCACUGUGCUUACAUGCACACAUACUCAGUAGGGCUUGUGCAGGACUCUGAGUAGUGAUACUUCUUACAGUCUAUUCAUUGCUUUAAACAACUAUGCUAAUCUGAUAAUGCCAGUCUGCUGUUAUGAAGCCAUAUCAGUAUCAGAUUUUGCUUGAAUUGUAUAUUUGUUUUCUUAGCUUGAUUCAUUAUUAAAACUGUGAUUUGAUGAGUCCUUUAAUGAUGAUUUAAUUUACACAUAAUUGAAUUAAAAGCUAAUUCAGGUUUGUCCACAAAAUGAUCAGCACAUUGUAGAACACAAUUAGCCUUACCCUCCGGUUAAUUCUUCCUUCCUCUGUAGACUUGUGCUUUCUAGGGAGGAUUUCAAGUGAUUAAUGCCGAUCCUUCGAUCUCCAUAUGGUGCACCUGUCCUGUGAGAAUAAACAUUGUGAAACAGUGAAGCACAGGAAGCAACACAUGCAAUUAAGACCUGCUUUUUCUCUUUAAAUCAUUUGAAAGUGUGUGAGUGAAUAGCACGUUGUCAGUAAUGAUUACACUUGGACAGUACAGUCUUGUCAGGUUUAUUCUUUUUUUGCUGCUAACUUCACAAAAGGAAUCAGCCACUAAUCAUAAACUAUCUGUUGUUGGAUCAGAUCAAACAGCUUAGAAGCUUUUCUGGGCGCUGACUACCGUCUCACACUUGCAAAAAUCACAGAAAAGAUGGAGAUUGGCUGUACACUUCCUGGUAUCUAUACAUUUAUACCUCUGUAAUUUGUGCUUUCUAUGGACCUUUGAUUUUUAACUUUGUAUUAUAUAUCACUGUACAUUAAAGCACAGCUAUGCAAUAAUUGCUGUUAAGAAAUCAUUUUAUAUGACAAUGUUGAGCAGACAUAAUAAAUGACAAUGAAUAGUA